AUUUUAUCUUUUGAGAAGAGCGGUUGGGUGCUGUGUUCAUGCAACUCAUCGUAAGAAACUCUCAAAAUUUCCGAACAGUUAAGUUUUUAACCAAUGGAGAAAUAUUUUCGUUUUAAUGUUUAAAAUAAUUUCUGUGGAUAUAAUAACGCAAGACAUGAAGACGACUGCAUAUAUCGCCGUGUAUGGAUCUGGGGUCUUCUUACAUUGGAGACAAGAUGUUGAUGUGAUUGAUGUCAAUAUUGUCAACGCAACCAACAACUUUAAUGGCGUAAGUCUAAGUGUGGCAGUUGUAAGUGUUCAAUAUCGUGACAAAUGUUCACUCCUCGUGUUAAAUACGAGCCUACUUUCAGUGGCGUAGAUACAUUUAUUGCCGCCCUUAGUAGGGUGUUCUCAAAAGAUUCGUAGCAGUAAAAUGAGUUGGAGUAAACGUCAAACAAUAUUUAGACCACUGGUAGAUAUCCACGCGGGGGAGAGGGGUGGGGCUGUGACUUAUACCCAGUGGCGUAGGAAGUGGGGUGUGGAGGGGCCAGUUCGCCCCGGGGCGGCACAUUUUCUUUCAAAGGAGGGGCGGCAUUUUUGGCCAAAUGUAAAGGUUUUUCUACGUUGAAGGGGGCAGCAAAAUUGAGGCCCGCCCCAGGUGGCAUCACUCCUAGCUAUGCCACUGCUUGUACCUCUUUCUGUGUGUUAUAGUAUACGUAGCAAAUUGUGCCUAAAGCAAAAUAAAUGAUUGAGCGACAAGGCCGACGAAAUCCAGGGCUAUGCGGACCGACAUGACCUAAAUAAUUUCUACUCCGCUCUAAAAAAAACAGUCUACGGCCCCACUUCAUCGGGAUUAUCCCCACUCCUGAGUGCUGAUGAGAACUCUCUAAUCACCGAGAAGGAAAAAAUUACUAAACACUGGGCAGAACACUUUGAAGACAUCCUGAAUCGACCUUCAUCCAUCAAUGAUGACGCCAUAAGUCGUUUCAUACAGAUACAGGUGCCGUUUAAUCAAGAACUGGAAGACCCCCCCCCCCCGGCGCCUACCUUAACUGAGACCCAUCAUGAUAUACGCCUUCUCUCAAGUGGCAGAGCACCAGCUGAGGACUCAACCCCGUCUGAAGUAUACAAAGAAGUGGGGACAACUCUGUCUGAAGUAUACAAAGAAGUGGGGACAACUCUGUCUGAAGUAUACAAAGAAGUGGGGACAACUCUGUCUGAAGUAUACAAAGAAGUGGGGACAGCUCUGUCUGAAGUAUACAAAGAAGUGGGGACAGCUCUGUCUGAAGUAUACAAAGAAGUGGGGACAGCUCUGUCUGAAGUAUACAAAGAAGUGGGGACAACCCCGUCUGAAGUAUACAAAGAAGUGGGGACAACUCUGUCUGAAGUAUACAAAGAAGUGGGGACAGCUCUGUCUGAAGUAUACAAAGAAGUGGGGACAGCUCUGUCUGAAAGGCUUCACCAGCUGUUCAUACUUAUGUGGCAGCAAGAGAUCAUUCCACAUGACUUCAAAAAUGCAUCUAUUGUUCACCUGUACAAGCGUAAAGGAACCGUCAAUCAUUGGACAAUCACCGUGGCAUAUCACUGCUAUCAAUUGCAGGCAAGAUAUUAGCCAGAAUCUUGCUAAAUCGUCUUAACAGACAUCUUGAGAAGGGUCUACUGCCAGAAAGUCAAUGUGGCUUACAGAAGGACCGAGGAACCAUCGAUAUGGUGUUUGCGGCCAGACAGCUACAGGAAGAAUGUAGGGGAAAAAUGUUGACCUCUUCCCUACCUUUGUAGAUCUGACCAAAGAUUUCGACACUGUCAGUAGAGAGGGUCUUUAGAAGAUCAUGGCCAAAUAUGGAUGCCCCAGGAAGUUCGUGUCCAUGGUACGACUAUUCCAUGAUGGUAUGCAGGCUAGAGUUCAGGAUAAUGGAGAGACGUCAAAACCAUUCCCUGUAACAAACGGCGUGAAACAAGGCUGUGUACUUGCCCCAACACUUUUCAGCCUCAUGUUUUCCGCAAUGCUGACCGAUGCCUUUAGAGCGGGAGAUGCUGUAAUAGGCCUCAUAUACAGAACUCACUGUAAUCUAUUCAACCCAAAGAGGCUACAUGCCAGAACGAAGGUCCUGGCAGACACCAUUAGGGACCUUCUGUAUGCAGAUGACUGUGCCCUAAACGCUGUAUCUGAAGUGGAUAUGCAAUGCUGCGUCACAAACAUUUCUAAUGCUUGCACAAACUUCGGGCUUACCAUUAACACAAAAGAGACUGAGGUCCUAUACCAACCAGCUCCUCGAAGACCUUAUGUUGAGCCUAACAUCCAAGUAUAUGGCGAAAGACUUAAGGUGGUGAAAGGCUUUUCUUAUCUCGGCAGCACACUAUUCCAACGUGCAACUAUCGUUGACGAGGUUUACCUCCGUAUUGCGAGAGCCAGUGCAACCUAUGGAAAGUUGACUAAGAACGUAUGGACAGGUCAGUGUCCCAGACACUGAGGUGUUCACACAGGCAGGUCUCCCCAGCAUCUUUACCAUCUUAAUGAAGUCCCAACUUCGCUGGGCGGGACAUGUUGUGAGAAUGUCAGACGACCGUCUGCCCAAAAGAAUUUUCUAUGGUGAGCUCGAACAAGGAAAGCGGUCUGCUGGCGGGCGGAAGAAACAUUUUAAAGACAACCAAAAAGCCUCACUGAAAGCGUUCAACAUAAACCCAGACACGUGGGUGGAAAAACCAAAGGGUCGAACAUCAUGGCGUUCCACCUUACACAGGAGCUCCAUGCAACAUGAAGUUGGCUGAACAGCGGCUUUCUUGAGGGCAAGAGGCAUGUUAGCAAGGCCCGGCCUGACUCUGCUCCAGGAAAUGGCCCAUCAUUUCCCUGCACCUACUGCACAAUAAAUUUUCAUGCCAGAAUCAUCCUCAUUAGCCAUCUGCGCACCCACAGACAGAACUAGCACAAAUCUGAUGAUUAAAGUGGUCAUUGUCGACUCCCGACUGACGAACAACAACAACAACAACAACACGAUGGGUAGCAAAGUGGGUGGUGAGGAACAAACCUGACAGUCUUACUAAUAUACUCUAAAAAAAAUCAGGUCUUGAGGACUAUAGUCUGGCUUUAUUUAUAAACUUUGCCAAAGAAAAAGUAAGAAAAAUGGAAACUCUAACUCUAAAAGAAAAUGAUGAAGAAAAUGGACACUAUCUGAACAGAAGCAAAUAGUACACAUUAACAAUGUCCUUACUAACAUUGAAUUACACAGCUAAAAAUAAACAUGUUAAAUAACUCCGGAAUUACUGGUUGAGAUACUUAACUGAGUUGAGAAGCACAUGUUAUACAAAAGGCAAUUAAAAUUAUUUUACCUCUAUGUUUAAUUAAAAAAGUGAUCACGAGGCGGUGUUUAACUUGUAGCACGUACACCGUCUUACACACAGAACCUGUGUGAGGGGUGAGGACUAAUCAGGGCCGGCGCUAGGGGAUGGCGAAGUGGGCGACCGCCCAAAGCCCCGCGUUUGCGAUAGUAUAAUGUAUAAUAUACCUAAGCCUACUACUAGUUCCUAAUCCAGUCAACACAAUAUUCAGAGUUGUUAGAUAGUCAAAUGGUCUGAAGGUCAGUCUGGCUCCCAUACUAUCCCUUCGAGAUGAAUCUCGGGAAGACCUCUGGGCGCAUGUUAAGAAGACGAAAGGGGGUUAUCAGGGAAUUUUUUACUGUAUAUAGACCCGUUAACCCGAAAAAAAUUGAAAUUUCGGAAACUAAGCGAGUGAACAAAUAUCCGUUAUGACGCACCCCAUUAUGACCAGCAAAGCCCCAGUACAAAUAUAACGUGUCUUAAUAUCCUGUCAGCGGAAUGUAUAACGUCAACGGUCUAGAAAUAACUUUUGGUACUGUCGUCCAUGUAAGCCUAAUGUAAGGUGUCUAUGUUGAGGGUUUGGUUGGGAGAGGAGGGGGUGGGUGGGUUAAUCUAGGAAGUUAAUCUCGAGAACGGUUAUAUUUAGAUUUUUGACUCACUACUUUAUGCUAUACAGCAGUGGUCAUCAACCUUCAUAAUGCAGCAACCCUUUAAUACAGUUCCUCAUGUUGUGGUGACCCACCAAUCAUACAAUUAUUGUUGUCGCUACUUCAUUAAUAGGUGUUUUCCGAUGGCUUUAGGCGACCGCUGUUUAAGGGUCGUUCGACCCUCAUAGUAUAGGUGUCGCGACCCACAGAUUGACCCUCUGAUCUACCCGAACCACUUAAUAAGUCACGCUAUUUUAUGAUCUAGAUUUCUGAGGUGUUGAACGUUUCUAUAUGCCGGUGGGCAGCCUUCUUCAUGGCCAUGAACCGUGAGCGAUGGUGAUGCGCAUCUUAAUUCAUGGUGAUCGAGAUGCGAGCGCUGUUGGCGAUUGGCCAACAUCUAAAUCAGUGGUUCUCAACCUUUCUAAUACCGUGACCCUUUAAUACAGUUCCACAUGUUGUGGCGACCCCAACCAUAAAAUUAUUUUCGUUGCUACUUGAUAAGUAUGUGCUUUUCGAUGGCCUUAAGAGUAGUUUGACCGCCCCCCCCACCCCACCAAGGGUUCGCGACCCACUGGCUGAGAACAGCUGAUCUAAAUGAUACUUUAUUUUUCACCUAACGUUAUUGUAUCCGCCUAAAACGUUAUAUUAAGUGAUUUGUGAAUAAUUGCGUAUAUGAAUGCACUGCAUACUCCAAGUAAAUUAACGAGACACAAAUAAUCUGCGUAAACAAGUUAACAAGGCUCUGAAAAACGGAAAUAAAGUGGGUAGAAGCAAAACUUAACAAAAACAGAAAAAUUACACUGCAGCUAUGUAUAAAUUGUGAAUUUAGUAUACACCGUAUGGAUUCAAUGUACAAAAUAUUUUUAUUAAUUUAUUUUCCAUAUAAAUUCCACCAGAUGUGUUAUUCGCAUACAAUGUACCAGUAACUGCAAUGUCGAGUAUUCCCUUAUAGUUAACAGUACUGAAAUGUUUAGCAAUUGGGAAAAUGGUUUGUUUAUUGAUGUUUUACAGGUGCUCUCUGAAACGCUCUUCAGUGCGACGACCUAACUCCCCUACAUAUGAUAUUCCGCACUUUUUACAAAGGAUCGUGUAAAUCACUUUGAAACUCUCGCAAAUAAGACCAUCUUUGAUUCUGAAAAUUUCCAGAGGGAAAGUGAUUUUACCCACUUGAUUCACGAAGGGACCUGCAUUACUACAACGGCUACGGUUUCAACUUUUGAUGUCUAUACGUGCUUUAAUAGCAGGGAGGUGGCUUCUAACAAGCAUCUCCCUAAGGCUAUAGUCUCUCCGGAAAGCGAAAAGAGGAGGUAUAUUGAAAAUCUCAUUAAUUGUGAAAGGGUCUGCCAUAAGAAUAGACCUGUUUUUAGAUAACGAGCCAUAAAGGAAUUUAGACCUAUCCCCACUUUUAAACGAAUCAUGUCAUGUCUUUACAUACGAUGGGUAUAGCGGGGAAACUGUGACUGUCUGUUUUCUUAGAAUUAUAAAUGGACUUAGAUUUUAUGUUCUUGUUUAUGUUAAUUAUGAUGUUCAAUAAAUUCACAGUACUCUCAUGGAUUGUCGAAGUAAAUGUUAUUGAUUGAGGAAAAUCUCCAAUAAAGUCAAUAGAACUUUCGAGUUGAUAACCAUUUUGGGAAUUCCUAUGUAAAUAACCUGUUUAAAGUCGGAAAUUCCCAAAUCCCAGUGUCGGCCACCCACACUCGGGCAAAAGGUGCCUUUGUAAAUACAGUAAAACCCAGAAGUAGACUAUUAGAUCUAUGACCCAUUAGUAUAGAAAGACAUUCAGAUCUAACUGAAAGUUCGGCACGAUUUAUGGAUGUUGAUCUUCCCAAUGCCAAUCCCGUCUCACACUUUUUUCUUGAAAACUUUAAAAAAAAAUUAUACAGCUGUGUUCUCUCUUCUCUCUCAGUCUCUCUCUCUCUCUCUCUCUCGGUAAUCCAAACUGUAAUUAACUCUCCAUAGCAUACAUUUGUGUUGAGUUUCACCUGAAAGAACUUUUUAUUCAAAGAUAUAUGACUCUUAUUUUAUGAAAAUGUCACAAUAAACUAAAAAUUUAAGCGAUUUUCAAAUUUGCUGAAAAUCGACCAAAAAUUGAUUAAUUUUUUUUUCGUUUUGAAAAAGGUCAAUUUUUAAGGACCUAUAUUUAAAAAAAUAAUCAACAGAAAAUUCAAAGACUUGGUGUAUAGGCCUAUGCACCAAAGUUUAUAAUAUUUUUUUCCAAGCAGCUAAAACCAUUAAUUCAAAAGUAAAAAGAUAAAUAAAAUAAAAAGAUUGCUUUUUAGUAUUAGUUGUUUUACUUUCCGACAUAAAAGGUGUAACAAUAUAUGUCAAAAAUUCGUUAAAAAUGUGUCAUUGACUUGCGUAAACAAAUCAUUUAUCAAAUGAAUGAUAAGUUAGUUAUCGGUACGGAAAGGUUUGCCAAAUAAAAAAAAUACCGGUAUCUAAUCUUCUUUAUUAAUACUGUAUAAUUUUGUUGUUUUUGUUUUAAAUUCUAAAACCCUUUUUAAUACCAAUUUAUUUCUAAUUGAUCCAUAUUGACGAUCGUUUACAUUUCAUCGAUCCCAUGAAAAGUGGUGUUGACCCACAUGAGAUCAAUAUAUACUGACACGUCUUGCUGCAACGGCUUUUCUAACCCUAAUCGAACUAUUCAUCCCUAGUCCAACUUAUGGGUCAUCCAUAAAUUACGUACACAACAAAAAAAAAAAAAAAGUCACAUUUUCAUACGUAGAUGACCCAUUACGCUAAUGUCUUUCUUGUGGCCAUUGUUGCAGACUUAAGUCUAUUAACUUCCUUUUUACAGCUUGCUAUAAUUUACCCUCAAAAUAUAUUAUGUAUUGUGGUCUAUAUAUAAGGCGAUACAUAUGUGUAUUGUAUACGUGGAGGUAAACUCGGUUGAUAGUGAUUGAGAUACCUACUUGGUACUAUUUCCUUUCAACUGGGGCGCAAUGGUAACUCUUCCAGUAAAACAACAUUGAGCUACAUUGUUUUGAUCGUCCUAAUGCCAUUAUGGGCCUAAUACUUCAAACGGAAACAUUGAACUACAUUGCUUUCAUCGUCCUAAUGUCAUUAUGGGCCUAAUAUUUCCACGGAAAAGAAGGAAAUCCUGAAAAAUCUUUAAAUGAUGCUGCCGGAGCAACAACAACAAAAAAAGUUUUGAAGUCAAAAAGUAAUGUGUAUCUUCGCUAAGGUGACCUUUUUUUUUUUUUUUUCAAAUGUAAAAAUAUUACAUUUUAACAUUUUCAAAAUUAACCCAGGGCAUUAAAAUCUUUGGCGCCAUGGGUGUCCAAAAAUAAAAAAAUACUAAAAAUAAAUUGUGUAAUUAUUUUAGAAAAAACAACACCAAAAAAUCUAAACGGAAUCUAAAUUUUCUCUGGUCUGGUUUACAAGUGGCGAUGGUGUAUAUGUAUAAUACUCACUUUCUGCACUUCUGACGAUUGAAGCUUAGAUCAAAACCAUUUAAAAUAUAUUUAUUAAUUUUACAUGGGCGCCCUCAGAUGACUUGAGUCAUGCGUCAAAGCGUUCGUAACUCUUCCACAUCCUUUAGAAAGAAGCCAGACAAUCUUUCUAGGUCGUGGGCUAUAUCAUUUUGAUCGGCAACCUUUCAGUCCCUGUUUGGCACCCGGGGAAAGAUUCAUGUUUACGCCCCUCUCAACACUGAAAUUGAAAUCCAAUAUUUUCAACAAUAAUAUACCGGUAACAUGAAAGACCAUUUUGGCGCCCACACUAACCUGGCGCCCGGGGACAUCUAUCGCCCUCUUCUAAUCCCUUUGAUACGCAUCUUCUGGUAUAGCUAUAAGUUUGCAGUGAUGCAGAUUGUAUUGUGAUAGUGAGAUUGAUUUCAAAUUUUGAUAUUCAGUUCUUCGAUAAAUUCACAUUGUGAAUAAAAUUUCUACAUCAAUCAUCAAUUACUAGGCUACCAUACUUCAUAAACAUUAAAGUAACCUUAAACUUAAUGAUUUAACGUAUUUAAUAUAAACAGCAUACUCUGUAUCGGCUAUUUUGUUCUUUAAUUUGUAUACGUGAUAAGAUGGCACUUUCAAUUACAAGUGUUAGUGAAGCGGUCAAUUUAGCUUUUAGGGUGUUAAUUCUACUGCCGCGUUUUCGUUCCAAAUACCGGAAGUACCGUAUGACAAAAAUAAACAAAUUAGGAUUUUAUUCACCUACUGCCCACUUGCCAACUCAAACUCUAUUAACUCAUCCUUAACUAUCUUGAAAAAAAUACACCCCAAGAUAAAGCAUAUAUGGCAUUUUAGCCGCAUUUUAUAUAGUACAAUAGUAUUUUUGACCAAACAUAUUGUCAGUAACGCCGACGACUGAGUAAGUAGUAAGACACACACAAGUUCACACAAGCCCGCCCGUGAAAGCCGUGAAUUGUGAAUUCUUGAAGUAACUUACACGGCUAACACGGUAACCAACUUACUCUUGCCCAGGUCACAGUUCAAAGUGGCUACGACUACUAGUCUACGGCACGGACUUUCGAACACUAGUACAAGUACCGUAAUAGUUAAAGUUAUUCUACAACAAAUACCGGUACCCCACAGUCCACAGUCAAUGGGACACCAUAAGUAGACUAUUCUAUCUAUGGUACAGUGAGUGACCCUUAGAAUUUCACACACUUCUGACUUCAUGAUUAUCUCCACCCUUCAAAGUUGUUUGAAAACGGCUGACACAGGCCUAAAUCAGUGAUUGACUGAUUAAAGAAUUAGUUUAGGCACUUUGGUAUCGCCCGGAAAUAACGGAAAAACGGGUGUCAUAAUUUUGUUGCCAAAAUGGCGACCUCCACUUUUUAAUUUACUGAGGUUAUCGUUUGUUUGCCUUUUAUAUUCCAUUUUUUCAAUAAUAAUUUCUACAUCCGACAAUUACUUAAAGUUGACAUCUUGCUUGUUCAAUUGAGAAUUCAUGUGAUUUUUUUUUUUUUCGAGGUUAAAGCUUUGAACAACGCAGAUGAAAAUAGGUGAACUUCACUGAUCAAUAACUUUUUUUCUUAAAAGCGCCGUUUUAUAUUUUAACAAAGUUUAAUUUAAUUUAUAAGGUCAUUUAUAACAUAUCCAAAAUUCACGAGUGUAGACCAUAUUCAGGCUUAAAAAACGAAAUUCUAAGAAGUCAUUUUUUAAGGCUCUGUAAUUUGUCAUCAUGGACACCGUGAGUGACUGCAUAUUACCAAUUAUCGAUAGCAGCUGUGGGUUACUUAAUAAUUCAUUAAAUUGGUUAUCCAGAAUAUAAAUGGGAAAUAUAACUAAUAAUAAAUCAUUUUAUAUAACUAAAAAAUGUUUAAUAACAUAAAUUAUUAUUAUUGGCUUAUGAAAUAUCAGUGGUUUUAGCGGUUGGUUGUCAUGGACAUGGGUGACAUGGGAUUGAUAAGCACUUGUAUUUGACUUAGACUUAGUAGGCCUAGUAAAAGAAUUAUUUGAGUAAUUAUACUAUUUCAAAUUCAAAUGAUUUAAGGAGUGGGAUAAAUAGCUUUUAUUACAACUAAUAUAUUUAUAUUGUAUUAGAUAUAUAUAGAUAGAUAUAUAUAGAUAUAUAUACUAAUAUAUAUGUGUGUGUAUGUAUAUAUAUAUAUAUAUAUUAUAUAUAUAUAUAUAUAUAUACACACAUACACACACACACAUAUAUAUAUAUAAUGCCUAUAGGCCUAGUAUCUGACUCAUCUUUAUUUUCGUUAUUAUUGUUGAAUGAAUAUCUGUAAGUUAAAAAUUUAACACCUGAACAGCAAUCAAACUGAAAAACCAUAGCAAUAAAUUCUUGUACAACACAAUCACAAAUGACAAAUAAUACUAGUCCAACUUCACAAUUCAUAGCUCACUAACCAAAAGAGAUAAAAACAUCACUUUUUUUAAAUGAAAUCACCUAACUUCUUACUUUUGUAAGUACCAGUAUCCCAAUGUUAUCUGCACGAAAUCAACAUUUCUCACAGCACCGUCUGGUAUGUGUACGCUCCCAGAUGAAAUGAUGCUUUCUGUUGCAUUAGCAGCAAAGGCGGUAUGUCACAUUUGGUUGCAAUAGUAGAGAUUGGGUGAACUUAAAUAAUGUCCCAUGAAUAGCCCUUCCUCUUCAAUACUGAAAUCAGAAACAAUAGGCCUAGGCCAUUAAAAAAUUAAUAAUUUACAUUUAUCAUGUCAUAUAUUAUAAUGGGAUACUGUGUAUUUGGUACUUUUAAGUACAGGUACCAUAAUUCUGUAAGUGUAGUCUUAAUUGUACUUUUAAUGGGGCAUUGUGAACUUGAGGGGUUUUUACAAUUACUUUAAUCAGUUAAAAUUGAUAUUACUCUUAUACUACUUAUAAUACAUCUUUGAUUUACAACCAUCAUUUUGUGCCUCUUAUUUUCAAUUAGGAUUGUAGUUUGCUAACAAUGUUUAAAUUUUACAUAACUUGACAUUGUAAUUUAUUUUAAAUUCUUAACUAAUUUAAUUUUUGACAGAGAUACUAGCUGAUUAGUUUAAGCUGUGAGCUACAUAAUUUGAUGAGCUGAUUAUUCUGUAAUGCACUUUUCUAUUCAUGGAAUGUAAAAAAAAAAUACAUUGCCGAUAUAUAUUUGAAAAACAGGUCAGUAGCAACAUGUUCACAGAAUUAUUUGUAUAAUAUGAAUCAUGGAAAUAACUCUCACAUUCAACCUGAGUAUGGCCAUGACAUUCCUCCAGAUGAGGAGAGAAUACCUAUACAAAUGAUAGUUGGUUCCCAUGAAAAUGACCAAGGAGAAAUGGAAGUUGAGUAUGAGCAAGUUUAUGUUGCUCGUCCUCGUUUUGGUAGAUUUUAUGAGCCUCAGGAUGAAACUCCAGCCGCCCCACGAAAUGUGGAACAAGCAAGGGGAAAUAUUUACUACAGAGAAGAAAAGAGAUUACAAACUUUUUCUGGCCAAUGGCGUGAUGAAUAUCCAGUUGAACCUGAAGAUCUAGCUCGAAAUGGAUUUGUUUACAUGGGACCAGGGGAUAAAGUAAAAUGUGUGUUUUGUUUAAAAACAUUGCGUGGCUGGGAACCAGGAGACACUGUCGAGAGAGAACAUCAGCGACAUUACCCAGAUUGCCCAUUUGUGCUAGGACAAUGUCAUAACCUAAAUGUGCCCUUAACAGUGUCACGCAACGCAAGUUAUGGGUAAGCUACUUUUACAUAGUAAAGAAUAUAUUUAUGGUUAUGAAUAUUUAGAGGAGAAAAAUAUCAAGAAGAUAAAAAAUUAUUUUUUCAAUGUGUGUGUAUAUAUUUAUAUCUAUGUAUCUAUAUACCGGGUAAUUAAAAAAAUAUUAUAUUUGUUGAAAAAGAAGGGGGUGGGGGAUGCUCAUUUACAAUUGUGUAAUUUUUUUUUAUUGUUAAUAAUGACCGUUUUCUUUAUCUAGGGUAAAACUAAAAGAAGAGGCCAAGCCACAAAAAAGCCAAGCUGAUAUGCAGGAUUUCACCAGCCGGUUAGAAAGUUUCAGAAUGGCACCACCUACUAUCGGCUCAAAAACAAAUGAGUUUGUAGAUGCCGGUUUUUUUUACACUGGUAAGUAUUAAUCGUAAACUUCUUGUUACAUUAAUGAAUUAAUGUAAGUAGCCAUUUUAUAUAGCAUAGUCAAACAUAGGUGUAAGGAAUGCUAGUCCAUAUCCAUAUAACCAUUAUAUAUAUAUAGCAUGGUGAAAUCUAGGUGCAAGGAAUGCUAGUCCAUAUUCAUAUAACCAUUAUACAUAUAGCAUGGUCAAAUCUAGGUGCAAGGAAUGCUAGUCCAUAUCCAUAUAACCAUUAUAUAUAUAGCAUGGUCAAAUCUAGGUGCAAGGAAUGCUAGUCCAUAUCCAUAUAACCAUUAUAUAUAUAGCAUGGUGAAAUCUAGGUGCAAGGAAUGCUAGUCAAUAUCCAUAUAACCAUUAUACAUAUAGCAUGGUGAAAUCUAGGUGCAAGGAAUGCUAGUCCAUAUCCAUAUGACCGUUUUAUAUAGGAUGGUCAAAUACAGGCGCAAGGAAUGCUAGUCCAUAUCCAUAUAACCAUUAUACAUAUAGCAUGGUGAAAUCUAGGUGCACGGAAUGCUAGUCCAUAUCCAUAUAAAAAUUAUAUAUAUAGCAUGGUGAAAUCUAGGUGCAAGGAAUGCUAGUCCAUAUCCAUAUGACCGUUUUAUAUAGGAUGAUCAAAUAUAGGUGCAAGGAAUGCUAGUCCAUAUCCGUAUGGACAUUUUAUAUCGCAUGUUCAAAUAUAGGGGCAAAGAAUGCUAGUCCAUAUCCAUAUGACCAUUUUAUAUAGGAUGGUCAAAUAUAGGUGCAAGGAAUGCUAGUCCAUAUCCAUAUGGCCAUUUUAUAUAGCAUGUUCAAAUCUAGGUGCAAGGAAUGCUAGUCCAUAUCCAUUUGGCAAUUUUAUAUAGCAUGUUCAAAUAUAUGUGCAAAGAAUGCUAGUCCAUAUCCAUAUGACCAUUUUAUAUAGGAUGGUCAAAUAUAGGUGCAAGGAAUGCUAGUCCAUAUCCAUAUGGCCAUUUUAUAUAGCAUGUUCAAAUAUAGGUGCAAGGAAUGCUAGUCCAUAUCCAUAUGGCCAUUUUAUAUAGCAUGUUCAAAUAUAGGUGCAAGGAAUGCUAGUCCAUAUCCAUAUGGCCAUUUUAUAUAGCAUGUUCAAAUAUAGGUGCAAGGAAUGCUAGUCCAUAUCCAUAUGGCAAUUUUAUAUAGCAUAUUUAAAUAUAGGUGCAAAGAAUGCUAGUCCAUAUCCAUAUGACCAUUUUAUAUAGGAUGGUCAAAUAUAGGUGCAACGAAUGCUAGUCCAUAUCCAUAUGGCCAUUUUAUAUAGCAUGGUCAAAUCUAGGUGCAAGGAAUGCUAGUCCAUAUCCAUAUGGCCAUUUUAUAUAGCAUGUUCAAAUCUAGGUGCAAGGAAUGCUAGUCCAUAUCCAUUUGGCCAUUUUAUAUAGCAUGUUCAAAUAUAUGUGCAAAGAAUGCUAGUCCAUAUCCAUAUGACCAUUUUAUAUAGGAUGGUCAAAUAUAGGUGCAAGGAAUGCUAGUCCAUAUCCAUAUGGCCAUUUUAUAUAGCAUGUUCAAAUAUAGGUGCAAGGAAUGCUAGUCCAUAUCCAUAUGGCCAUUUUAUAUGGCAUGGUGAAAUCUAGGUGCAAGGAAUGCUAGUCCAUAUCCAUAUGGUCAUUUUAUAUAGCAUGUUCAAAUAUAGGUGCAAAGAAUCUAGUCCAUAUCCAUAUAACCAUUAUAUAUAUAUAUAUAUAUAUAGCAUGGUGAAAUCUAGGUGCAAGGAAUGCUAGUCCAUAUCCAUAUGGCCAUUUUAUAUAGCAUGGUGAAAUCUAGGUGCAAGGAAUGCUAGCCCAUAUCCAUAUGGCCAUUUUAUAUAGCAUGGUCAAAUCUAAAUGCAAGGCGGGACAUAUUGUUUGUUAUAGUUACAAUUUUGUAAAUAAAAUUAUGUACUUAAAGGUCCUAAGCUGAUAUACUGUUUAUUCAUACAUUAAGAUAAUCGUCUUUCUUUAUGCCAGCUGUUCUCAACCUGUGGGUAGCAACCCCUUUGGGGGUCAAAAGAUCCACACAGGGUCGCCUAAGACCUUUGGAAAAAACAUAUUUAUGAAGUAGCAACGAAAAUAAUUUUAUGGUUGGGGGGUCACCACAACAUGAGAAACUGUAUGAAAGGGUCGCUGCAUUAGGAAGGUUGAGAACCACUGCUUUACGCCAUGCUUGGCACUUUGAUAGAUACCUGGUAUAAAGUUGUAAACUGUUUUAAGCAUGCUUAUAUUAUGAUUGUGAUUAAACAAUUAAAAUUGUAUACCGGUAUAUAAUUAGUAACAUACAAUGAUUAUUUAUAUUCUAUAGGUAAUAACGAUGUAGUCAAAUGCUAUGCCUGUGGGCAAGAAAAGGGAGGAUGGACGUCCCAGGAUGAACCCUUGCUUGUCCAUGCAAGACUGAGUCCCAACUGUCCUUUCAUUAAAAAGACCCUUGCUCCUAAAUUGUCACAAGGUGCAUCUGCGAACACUUUUCAGAAUCAGGCUUCAGCCAGCAAUCACUACAGUAAUCCACAUCCAGUGGCAGAGCAGUCACAGGGCAGUUAUAAAACUCAGUCUACACUGGUUCAACAAGCUGCUGGCACUUACCAGAAGGCUCAGAUUUAUCCACCCCAACAGGUACUUUUUAUGUAAUUAGCAACAGCCAAAAAAAAAAAAAUCCCGAACAUCAUCAGGACUUAAAAAAAUAGAUUUAUCUAAGUUAAGAAAAGCAUCUUUGACCUAGUAUCUAUAUUUUCGGCAUUAUUGACUGAGGACCAAGGCUUUCAUUUAUACAUGCAGUUGUUACAGAAUGAUUUGACCAGGCUUUCUUUCAUUCAGUAGUUGUUAAAGAAUGAUUUGACCCUUCUUUCAGAACUAUUUUAAAGAGAUAGGAUGACUCGUUAUGAUGUGAAAUCCCCUUUAACAUCUCAGCUACUCCUCUGUACUAAAACUCUCAACAUUUUCUUGCCACAAUUUUGGUUAAGAAAAGUGAUUCAGUUUUCAUUUUGCCUCAUUCAGCUUUGACAUUCUCUUCUUCAUUAUUAAAUUUGUAGAAAAGCACAAUGACCAAAUUCCAACCUGUCUGAGCUAAUUUUUACAUAAAUCAGUCUCUCCCUACCAAACACAUCAAGCGUUGAUCUACUUAAUUAUAUUACAGCAGUUUAAGUCAUCACAACAAGUGUCCAGUAACGGUCCACAGUUGUCAGUUCCAGUUCAAGUAUCCACAGCACAAAUAGGUGAGUUAAAAUCAGUGACAAUAGGCAUACCAGUCAUGCUGCUACACACACUAUUGAUAUUAUACACACCGGUAAUACCAUUGAUAUUAUAUACACCAUUGAUAUUGUACAUACCGGUAAUACCAUUGAUAUUAUAUACACCAUUGAUAUUGUACAUACCGGUAAUACCAUUGAUAUUAUAUACACUAUUGAUAUUGUACAUACCGGUAAUACCAUUGAUAUUAUAUACACCAUUGAUAUUGUACAUACCGGUAAUACCAUUGAUAUUAUAUAUACCAUUGAUAUUGUACAUACCGGUAAUACCAUUGAUAUUAUAUAUACCAUUGAUAUUGUACACACCGGUAAUACCAUUGAUAUUAUAUACACCAUUGAUAUUGUACAUACCGGUAAUACCAUUGAUAUUAUAUACACCAUUGAUAUUGUACACACCGGUAAUACCAUUGAUAUUAUAUAUACCAUUGAUAUUGUACAUACCGGUAAUACCAUUGAUAUUAUAUACACCAUUGAUAUUGUACACACCGGUAAUACCAUUGAUAUUAUAUACACCAUUGAUAUUGUACAUACCGGUAAUACCAUUGAUAUUAUAUAUACCAUUGAUAUUGUACACACCGGUAAUACCAUUGAUAUUAUACACACCAUUGAUAUUGUACAUACCGGUAAUACCAUUGAUAUUAUAUACACCAUUGAUAUUGUACAUACCGGUAAUACCAUUGAUAUUAUAUACACCAUUGAUAUUGUACACACCGGUAAUACCAUUGAUAUUAUGUAUACCAUUCAUAUUAUACAUACCAGUAAUAUCGUUGAUAUUAUAAUUAUAUAUGCCAUUCAUAUUAUACAUACCAGUAAUAUCGUUGAUAUUAUAAUUAUAUAUACCAUUCAUAUUAUACAUACCAGUAAUAUCGUUGAUAUUAUAAUUAUAUAUGCCAUUCAUAUUAUACAUAUCAGUAAUACCAGUGAUAUGAUGCAGACCAGCUUAUUAUACUUUCCAGUACCAGUGAUAUUAUACACACCUUUAAUAUUAUACAUACUGGUACCGAUAUUAAAAUAUUAUAAUAAUAUUAUCAUACAUUGCUUUAUUGUAUUAGAGUUUAUUUUUUCAGUGUUAUUUUCUCAUUCUUAGGUCCAUGUCCCUUAAAUAGUCAUGCUAACUGAUCUUCCUUAUAUAUCUAAAGCACCCUUAAAAAAAAAUAUUUCCCUUGGCUUAGUCAUUUUCCAUGUGUAGCUGGUACAAAUAGCAGUUGGUAUGAGAAUGUUGCCUACAGCAGGUAUAACGUUAAACUCUCCCAGAAUGAUAGUGUAUUUGUUGAAUAAAAAGCAUUCUUAAAUGUAAAGAACACACAUAAAAAAAACUCACAAAUAUAACUUAAAAAUACAUUUUACCUUCACCAACUUUACGAAAUGUCAUAUAGUGCAAAGAUUUUUUUUUUUAAAAGCAAACUCUUUGUAUCCCGUUCAUUAACAGAUGGCAGUUGACUAUUCUAGUAUUUGAAUCUUCUAAUCAGGGAUAGGCAAAUGACAUUUUGCUAUGACGACUGACAAAUUUGUUUACCUAAAUUGCCAAAUUCAGUUUAAAAAUAUGUUAGCAAACAAAAUUAUAAUGGCUUCUGAAUUAUAUUUAUAUCUGUCUACCCUUGCUCUCAUGAUCCAUCAGUAGAAAUAGAAAUACAAUAAAUAUGAAAAACAUUGGCACUUUACGUGUCUGCUCAAUAACUACCAUAAAAAUUCAAGCCCCAUAUUGCAUUUUCUGUUGAAGAGCAAAUAAAAGUGAAAUUUGUCUCUCUAUAACCAACAUGAAGAAGAAAAGAAAGAUACUAUGGGGUCUAUAUCCUAGUCGUGAGCAGCAGCCCAAUCUUUUUACAAAACAGCCACUUUGUAUCUGAUGAUAAUUUGUUUACAAAACAGCCACUUUGCAUCUGAUGAUAAUUUGUUUACAAAACAGCCACUUUGCAUCUGAUGAUAAUUUGUUUACUAAAUAUCCACUGAUGAUAUUUUGAUCUAUAUUUGCUUAUUAUAUUGUUUUUCCCAGAAAGUGACUUAAAGAGUCCAGCAGUGCAAGCCAUAAGGCAAUUUGAUGAAGAUGUUUCGGUAGAAGAAAUAAGGACACUUUUGGAAUCUAUACGAUUAGAAAAAGGUAUUGUAUUACCAUCUAUACGCUUUCUAAAGCCAACAUUUUUGGAAAAAUUACGGGAAAUAGAAGGGGUGAUUGCAAUAUGAGCGGGUCACAGGAGACUUUUUAUGAUUUUCUUCAGGUACCCUUUACAUUCUUAUUGUGGAUAGCCGAGGUCCUAGUCUACCCUUUUAUCUACAAGAUUCGAAUACAAUACCAGGGGCUUUAAAUACUUAUAAAGUAUCUACACUUACCUUAAUGUACCAUUUUAGAAACUCUGUUUUUAACAAUUUUUAAUUUCACUCACUUUGGCCAUUGAAUGCCACAUUACUUAAAAACAAAGAGACCAUAGAUAGAUGCGCCACUACUCAGUCUAUUGUUAGCACCUGUGGAAUCUCAUCCUAGACAUUCUUUGGGCACAGUAUCCCUUACACUGGGAUAUUAUUUUAAUGGGGUCUGCUUAUGAACUGGUCAUACACUGUUCAGGGCUUUCCCCAUCUAAAAAUAAGGGAGGGGUUGGAGGUGGGCUUUAGAACAAGCUUCAACAUUCAUGAUUUUGAUUAAGGUUAUUUUUAUGAAGGGCAUGAUCAGGUUAUUUUUAUGAAGGGCAUGAUCAGGUUAUUUUAUGAAGGGCAUGGUCAGGUUAUUUUUUUAUGAAGGGCAUGGUCAGGUUAUUUUUAUGAAGGGCAUGGUCGGGUUAUUUUUAUGAAGGGCAUGGUCAGGCUAUUUUUAUGAAGGGCAUGGUCAAGUUAUAUUUUUAUGAAGGGCAAGGUCAGGCUAUUUUUAUGAAGGGCAUGGUCAAGUUAUAUUUUUACGAAGGGCAUGGUUAGGUUAUAUUUUUAUGAAGGGCUUGGUCAGGUUAUUUUUAUGAAGGGCUUGGUCAGGUUAUUUUUAUGAAGGGCAUGGUCGGGUUAUUUUUAUGAAGGGCAUGGUCGGGUUAUUUUUAUGAAAGGGCAUGGUCAGGUUAUUUUUAUGAAAGGGCAUGGUCAGGUUAUUUUCAUGAAAGGGCAUGUUCAGUUUCAUUUAUGUACAGGAUGCACUGACCAAUGAAUUCAUCAGGGCCCUUGUUAUGUAAGUGCGUAUUUUAUACAAAAUUAAAUUCAAUUUUGUAAUUUCAAUUUUUUUUUAAAGGAUUUUGAAAUUGAUUUUCAAAACAGUAAAAAUAUAUUUGUUAUCUUUGACAGUAUAGUAAGUUGCUAGUUAAAUAUUUUAUCUUGUCAUAUCCUUUCUCAGCUUGCUUCCAUCUGAGUUCACUUGUCAUGCUCUUGUAUUUGCCAGGUCCAGAUUAUCAUAUCAAGCUUAUGGAUUUGGAACAGCUCCUAGAUAAACCCAAGCAUUUGUAAUUUCGAUGUUUCCACUAGACUUCUGUGUAAAGUGGAUUAGCCUAUGCGUGACUGACAACAGCUGCUCUGUUUGCUGGAGAUGCCACCUGAAUGGCUGACAUGAACGAGAAAACUCCCAAUUCUAAAAAUGCCAUUUAUUCAGCCCAAAUAAUAUGCACAUUGUCAAAAAAACAACUUUCUUUUUUCUUUGACCAACUUGCUGCUUUUUAAAUGCAACUGAAAAUAGAUUUUGAAAUUAAUUGAAAAUAGAAGGAAACCACAAAGUUCAUUUCUUAGGAAUAGUCAAGAUCACAUUACAUCCCUGGAAACUCCUGGUUUGGUGUUCAAUCUUUUGGCAAAGUUUUCAGUCUGAUAUUUACAGGGGUUGAAACAUCUAAAAAAAAACAACUGUGUAAAUGCACUGAAAAUGUGAUAGCUUUUAGGUCUCAGCUAAAUUGCAUAUAAGGACUGUAGAUGCCUUUCAACAUGGUAACUAGCAGCAGUGAAGUCAUGGCUACAUCUUUGGCAAGCAAGCAGCAGCAGUAAAGUCAUGGCUACAUGUUUGGCAAGCAAGUGUCAAGCUGAAGCACUAAACCCAGUAAGGAUGAGCAUUUAUGAAAUUAGUGCUACCACAUUCAAUGGGCUACCUGCCACAUCUGUAGAUUGCUACCUGCAACAUCUUUAGAGGGCUACCUGCCACUU